ACUACAACUUUUGAAGAGGAAGCCUCAGCAACGUGAAUACAGAAUGAAUGAACCUUAUGCCCCAACGACACCUAGACCUACGAGUACCCGCUCAUCAAUCAGCAUGAAAAUUUUGAUAUGCUUUCUUAGUGUAUUUAUUGUAGCACAGACUAUUGGGACUGCACUGUUUUGCUUAUAUUUUCACAUGCAGUUGGACAAGCUGAAAGAUGGGAUGAGCUUAAAUGAAGAUUUCUUAUUCCUGAGAAGAUUACACGAAUGUCAGAAACCAGAAGGUGUGGAAUCUUCAUUACUGGACUGUAAGAAGAUUACAGACAGGUUGAAGCAUCUGCUAAUGAAGGAGGACAACACCAAAAAAGACACUGAAACAUAUGAAAAGCUGAAAGGUUUUUCAGAGCUAUUGUGGCAUGAUGACAGGAGGCAUGUUCGAGCUAGUUUCUCCACCGGUGCUACCCCUGCCUGUGACACUAAAACUUCUGGCAGCAAGUCUCACAGUUCUUUGUGUUGCAUUGCAGAUGUCAGGAGGCACCCAGUUGCAGCUCACCUGGCAGGAAUUAAGAAGGGCAACAAAUCAGUACCAGUUUUAGAGUGGAAGACAACUGGGUAUGCCCCUACGAACGACUUGAUAUCCUACAAAGAAGGGAAGCUGAAGGUGAAGAAAGCAGGGGUUUAUUACAUCUAUGCCCAAGUCAGCUUCUGCACCAAGCCAGUACCUCAGGCACCAUUUACCGUGUAUAUUUAUUUGCACCUGCCUUUGGAAUCAGAUCGGCUCUUGUUAAACGGACUAAAUACACACAGCUCAUCAGACUUGUACUGUGGCCUCCAGUCCACUCACGUGGGAGGUGUAUUUGAACUCCGGCAAGGUGACGUGGUAUUUGUUAACGUGACAGAUUCAACUCUCGUGAACUACAAUCAUGGAAGCACAUACUUUGGUAUGUUUAAUCUUAACUGAAAGGAGAUCUGCCGUGAAGAACAGAUCUGCAGUUGUCACUGCACAGGAAGUCCUAACCCGACUUUGUUGAACAAAGUGGCUUCUCCUGGUUUCCAGUAUUUAUAUUCCUCUGCAUCUUUAGUUUUCUUGUUUCUAGAUUUGUAUAUUUUGUUAUUUAUUAAUGGGACAGAACAAGCCCUUAGAAGAAAAAUGGAACAAAGUUUGGAGCUGUUAUUCUGUGCACUUUGUUCUCACCUUUUCACUGGGGAAGAUCUGUACGUGUCUGUAUCAUAUGUAUUUAAGCUUUCCACACCGUGUGUGUGUUACCAUUUGUCUGACAGGGUGGAUGUCUCGAUUAAUGUCAUAUAAGCUUACUUAGUGGACAGUAAUACUGGUGUUUCUUCCCAAAUAAUGUUACAUGUCUCAAGGGACUCUUAUCAAGAUGUAUUUUUGUCUCCAUCUGCAUAUAAAAUGAGAAUGGAAAAACCUUAAGAGGCUUAGGAACAUCUUCUCUGUAAAGCACGCAGUCAGCAAAAUGUGUUCCUUAUGUGGUAGCUGAUGAUGAUGAUGCAUGUUUGCCAUAUAAGCUGGGUAUUUCGUCAGAAGUAUUCCUCUUUUCCACCCAUAGGCGUGUAUAAUACCCAAUCAGCAGAGUCUCUCGCACCUUUGAACAUAACAUGGCAUUUGCUCAGGCAUGCUCACGCUGGGUGAAAUGCAGGCUGUAGUGGAGGGGUAGUACAGACCUCUCAGGACAGGGAUUUCUUGAGACCUAUGCAGCCAUCUGCCCAGUGAACCUCACCCACUAGCCUAGACUGUCCUCCCGCUACUCCUGUGCAGAAAAGGAAGUCUCUUACUUUUAUCCUUCUUCUCCAUGCCCCGUGAAGGACCCUCCUCCGUGACUCCUGGUUCCAUGCUAGGAAGAAGAGUGAAAAGGCAGAGGACAGGAAUCAGGCACAUUUAUGCCUUUUCCAGUCCUAUGAAAAAAUCCCAGUUGUCUCCUUUGUUAUGUGGAGCAUGCACUUGGUGUCCUGGAGCUACCACAGCCAGGGAGAAUGGUAGAAUAGCAUCGCUAAAGCUAUAAAACAGGUGUGCAGAGCGAGGGACUCUGCAACCAGGCCCCAUAGCGUUUUGGAUGUGGAAAAUAUAUAGGAAAGUCCCCGCUGAAAUUUUCUACUCCGGACCCUUAGUCCCAUGGGCUUGACUCAGGGAACUCCAGGGUAUAAGGACAUUUACAUAGCACCUUUAUCCAGAGAUCCCAACUGUUUGAGAGAUUUUCUGGGGUAUUUGCUUGAGUAGUAUAUAGUCAUGGAAGUAGUUUUGGGGAAGUCUAUAGGCUUGUUCAAGCAAGGGUUGUAGGACAGGGCAUGAGAGCUUUCACUGAGUAAAGACUAUAUGGGAUUAAUCUCUGUAUUAUACUUGGGUUGCUGGUCCAAUUCCAAAGUGUCUUCUCUGAGGUGGAAAGCAGUAAACAUGGACUGUAUAAAUACCACCAUCCUGAAAAUAUAAGACCUGAUUCUUCACCUACUGAAAUCAAGGGGAGCUGUGCUCAGACUUUGCCCGUCUAAUCUUACAGUAAUUUAAUGUGUAGUUUGUUGGCUGUUAUCUGAAAUGCAUAACUUUAUUAGAGAACGGAGUCAGAGAAAUGUUCUUGUUUGAUGCAUUGUAUAAAAAAUUAUUUAUUUAACUAAAACUGUAUUAUAUUGAUGAACAAAAGGGAGGGAAUAACUGAAAGUUGCAUUGAAAACUAGGAAAAAAUUGCAUUGAAAACUAUGAAAAGGUGUGAAAAGACUAAACGUGGUUGUACUUCUGCAAUAAUACUCGUUGCGCAUGAUUGAAUGUUUAAAUCUGAAGUGUUAAGGAGGAUGUGCUGUGUUGCUUACGUACCACGGUGCAACACGGAGGUAUUUUGCAGCCUGGCUACAACAGUUGGUCUAGAAAUCUGUACACUGUAGUGCUACAAAUAACAUGCCCUAUAUAAAUUAACAAAUAAAAUGUCAUUUUAUACAGUUUUAAUACUGGCUGUAUAUUUUUCUUUUCAAAUAUGAGGUCUGAGUUUGUCACUCUGGCGGGAUCUAUCACAGGGUCUAUUCUGUUGCUUGUCGCUGCAGUAUCCUAUAACAUAUGAUGGAU